AAAACUUCCAUAUUUCUAUCAUUUCUUUGCUUCUUUGGCGUAAACAUUGCCAUGACAAGGAAGAAAGUGAAGCUUGCUUUCAUAACCAACGACUCCGCAAGGAAAGCCACCUUCAAGAAAAGGAAGAAGGGUUUGAUGAAGAAGGUGAAUGAGUUAAGCACCUUAUGUGGCAUUGAUGCAUGUGCCAUAAUAUAUAGUCCAUAUGAAGCUCAACCCGAGGUGUGGCCUAACAAUAUUGGUGUCCAACGCGUUCUGACUCAGUUCAAAAGGAUGCCCGAGAUGGAGCAAAGCAAGAAGAUGGUAAAUCAGGAAAGUUUCAUUAGACAAAGGAUCACCAAGGCGAAUGACCAGCUCAAGAAGCAGAUCAAGGAGAAUCGUGAAAAAGAGAUGACUGAGGUUAUGUACCAAUGUUUGACUGGAAAAGGCUCGAUAGCAAACUUGAUCCUGCCAGAUUUGAAUGAUCUGGGUGGUAUGGUUGACCAAACCCUUAAAGAUAUUUGCAGGAGGAUCGAGUCCCUUAAGAAAGCUGUCCCUGGUAAAGCUGUAGCUGCACCACCACCAUCACAGCCGCCUAGGCGAAGAUCCACUGUAGUUGGUACCAGUUCAAGCACUGCUAAUGAAAUGAUGACAAGAGGACUUGGUACCAGUUCAAGCGCUGCUAAUGAAAUGAUGACAAGAGGACUUGGUACCAGUUCAAGCGCUGCUAAUGAUAUGAUGACAAGAGGACUUGGUACCAGUUCAAGCGCUGCUAAUGAUAUGAUGACAAGAGGACUUGGUACCAGUUCAAACGCUGCUAAUGAAAUGAUGACAAGAGGACUUGGUACCAGUUCAAGUGCUGCUAAUGAAAUGAUGACAAGAGGACUAACGAUGCAUGCAUUGGAGAAGAGACCUAUGGUUGAUCAUAAUCUGAAUGCUAUGGAUGGGAUGCAAAAGACUCAAUGGUUUACAGAUUGGAUGAACAAUCCAUCUGAACAUAAUUUGGGUCUUGCUCCUGGGUAUGACAUGACUUCGUUUGCUGAUAACCAAAAUCCGAUAUGGCCAAAUACAUAUUUUCCUUGA